AUGAACGCUGAUCAGCUCGUCAAGGCAGCAGUCGCUUCCGCCAAAGCCGCAGCGAGCAGAAGAAGGAGGCAGCAAAAGGCCAAAGAAGCAAUGGCCGCCGGUUCUAAGAUGGAGAACGUGGCGAUGCGCACGGUGCUGAGCAUCCAGAAGAAGGAGGCGGUGGCCGAGGAAAAGAUCACCAGCCAGCCGUCGUGUUUCUCGCGACCCACGGCUGCCACAGUGCUCAGGCAUCCGUCGUGGACGCAAGAGGCGCUGCAAAUGGAGACGGAGAACGCGGUCGCCGGCAUUCUCGAGGACGAUUCGGAGAUCGAAGAGCCGGUUUACAAGCACUUCUUCAUGGUUCCUGCCGAGACAACAGCACAAGAAAAGGGAGCGAUCCGAAAGGAGCAGGAGAGAAAAGCGAUCGAGGAAUGGAAACGGAAGGACGACGAGAUUCGGAUGCGGCAGCGAGAGCACUUCCUUUACAUGAAAGGAGUUCGCGAGAGGGAGGAGCAGGAAGCGAUGCGAAGGAAUCACGAAAAAGUGACGAGGUACAAUGAGAAGCUGUUCGAGGAAGAGGAGAGAUUGCGAGAGAGAAAGAGACUCCCGCUGUACCCCGUCCAGAAACGGGUGAUUUCUCUGCCGCCGGCUCCAGUACAACCCAAGAAGGUGUACAGAAAGAGAGCGAAGAAAGUGCAUGUCGUCAUCGAUCAAGCAUCAGACCAGGAAACGCGGAAAUUGCCGGAGCCGCCAGAAUCUCAGCAGAAUCUUCUCGAUAUCAGCCCGAUCAGCCGGAACUUCUCCAUUUCGGAACCCAGCUCUGCUGACAAUUCUGACGACGAAAACGAGAAAGAAAACCGCAGAGAGAAGCACGUUCAUCCCGAAUUGGCUGAAGUUCCCGAAUUGUGUGUGGAGUACAAUGUGGCCGACGAUCUGGCGAUGUCUGAUGUCUCCGAACACGAAGAUGACGAAGAGAACGCGGAAAUGACCAAGUGCUUCGUCCCUCCGACUCUCUGCUCCGAUGAGCUCAUUGAUUUAGGCGAGUCGGCAGUCACUCCGGCGCUUGUGGUCAGUUUCUAUCUGCUGAAUGCGAAGUUUCCAAUGCGUUUUUCUUCCAGAAAACUGAGAAAGCCAGCAGCGAUACUGCAUGCUCUACGGACGAAGAAUCAUCGCCAGCUUGCAGCACGCCACAGUAUUCCAACGCCGACGAAGACAUGCUUGAGGUAAGAUUUGCAAAUUUCGAGAUCUUGAAAAAAUGUUUUCUUUCCAGAAAGAACAGAAAAUGCUCACUGAAGAGGAAAAUUGUCAGCGAAUCUCGAUCAAAUUAUCCGCAUCCAACAUGGAGUCAGUGAUGGAGAGUGACCGAAGAACAGUAGGAAAGCGCCGGAACAUCGAAGAAACGGCUGCGCCGACGCCCAAUUCGCAUGGGCCGACUUCUCCGAAAGUUUCAAAGCUUUCUGAAUGCUCUGCGGCGCACGAUAACAUCCCGCAAGCACCGGCUGAAGUAAUUAACUGUCUUGGACUGUUUUUAAGCUCAAUAGUUCUCAUUUUCAGGCUUCGAUUCAAUUGGUGAAGAAAGAAGAAAAACUGCAGAAGGGGAAGGCUCGGCGCGCGACAAAAAAAUCCGCGAAACCAAUUGAGGAAACGCCGAAAAACGUCCGCGUCAAGAUGCCUUUCGAUCCGAGAUCGGCGGCCGUCGCAUUGCCGAAAGAACCGAGAAGACGUGAGGAAGUGAGGGUGAAACCGAAUCCGAAUCCAUUAAACCGUAACCGAAUCGAAUCGCGAAUCUAUCAGCUUCUGACGGACGCGUCGCUGCAAAUGAAAGAGCAGGACAAAAUUAAAUCAUCAAAAUCAUCGCCCUAA